CUCUCGCGAUAAGUGACCAUACUUUGCUACGCAUUAGAAAAGCUAGUGUUUACUGUCUUUGAGAAGCGUUUUAUGACAUGAGUGUAAAUCUCACACAGGGGGCAGUUGAAGCCCUGUUAAAUGGCUCACCGUUGAACAAUAUCGUGCUGCAGCUGCUUAACAUCCGCCAGGUCGUUACUGGUCCUGGUCCACCCAGGUUCCGGCUGUUGAUGAGUGAUGGUCAGCACUCUUGGAAUUCCUUCCUGCUGGCCACACAGUUAAACCAUCUGAAAGAAGAGAACCGCCUGGUACCUAACUGUGUGUGUAUGGUGAAGAAGUCCAUCAUCAACAAAUUGUCAGAUGGCAGGCUUGUGGUGAUUGUGAUGGACGUGGAGAUAUUACAGUCGGCCGAGGAAACUGGAGGGAAGAUUGGGAAUCCCACUCCAUAUAAUGCAGUUGGUAAGACGUCCUCGCCACAGAAGUCUGCCUCAAGCACCUCUGACCUCCCUGACUCAUCUCCAUCUGCUGCAGAACCUGGACCCUCCUAUAUGUACAACAGCACCCUUUCUCCUCCCAGAGGACGUGGAAGAGAAUUUGUGGAAAAGUCACCAAUGAAAGCUUCACCCAUGAAGACUUCAUGGACUUCACCCAUGAAGACUUCACCCAUGAAGACUUCAUGGACUUCACCCAUGAAGACUUCACCCAUGAAGACUUCACCCAUGAAGACUUCACCCAUGAAGACUUCACCCAUGACGACUUCACCCAUGAAGGGUACCAGCACUUCUCCAGGUUCUUCAACAAUGCUUAUUGCAAACAUCAACCCCUACCAAAGCAAGUGGACUAUCAGAGCCCGAGUCACCAACAAGUCCAAUGUCCGCACCUGGAGUAACUCUAGAGGAGAGGGAAAGCUCUUCUCCUUUGAUGUACUGGAUGAGAGUGGAGAAAUCAAGAUCACAGCCUUUAACAACGAAGUGGACAAGUUUUUCACUCUAGUGGAGCAUGGCAAGGUGUACUACAUCACCAAGGCUACACUGAAGGUGGCCAACAAACAGUACUCCACACUGAAGAGCAACUAUGAGAUUACCCUCCAUGCUCAUUCAUCCAUCGUGCCAUGUGAUGACAGUCAGGGCCUCCCCGCAGUGCACUGUGACUUUGUGCCCAUCGCAGAGCUGGAGAACAUAGACGUGGACACCCUCAUUGAUGUGAUUGGAAUUUGCAAGAGUGCGGAUGAUGUAUCCCGUAUCACCACUAAGACCAGCAGAGAAGUCUCCAAGAGGGCCCUCAACCUAAUAGACACAACUGGCAAAGUGGUGGCUCUCACACUGUGGGGAGAGGAGGCGGAGAAGUUCGAUGUCUCUGGGAAGCCCGUCGUGGCCGUCAAAGGAGCUCGCUUGUCUGAUUUCGGGGGCAGAUCUCUCUCGGCUUUAUUCAGUUCAACAGUCAUGGUCAACCCAGACUUACCACAGGCCUUUAGUCUUCGGGCCUGGUAUGACCAGGAAGGCUAUGCGCUCGACAGCGAAUCCUUGACACAGACGAGGUCAAUGGGCAGCGGACAAAAGACUAACUGGAAAACGCUGAGCGACGUUAAGAAUGAACACUUGGGACAUGGAGAGAAGCCUUCCAGUGCUUCAAUCUGCCCAAGUCUGCAAAAUGUGAUGAGGCAGCCAUGCGGGUGGAAACAUGGGAGUGGAGAGUUGAGGGGGAGAGGGCUUUUGCUAAAGGCAGACAUUCUCCUAAUUAAAAAAACAAACUUAUUCGCAGAUUAUUUCAGCUGCUUGGCGACAGUGCUGUACAUGCGUAAGGAGAAUUGUCUGUACCAGGCCUGUCCUUCUGACGACUGCAAGAAGAAGGUCAUCGACCAACAGAACGGACUGUACCGCUGCGAAAAGUGUAACCGAGAGUAUCCCAACUUCCAAUACAGACUCCUACUUAAUGCCAACUUAGCAGACUUCGGGGAUAACCAGUGGGUGACAUGCUUUCAGGAGACAGCUGAGGCCCUGUUAGGUCACAGUGCAGAAACACUGGGACAGCUCAGAGACACAGACGAGGCUGCAUUCGAAGAAGUCUUUCAGAAAACCAACUUUACAACUCACAUCUUUAGAAACCGAGUCAAGCUGGAGACGUACAACGAUGAGAGUCGAAUAAAGGUAACCGUAAUGGAAGUGCAGCCAGUCGACCACAGAGAAUACAGCAGGACGCUCAUCGGUAACAUCCGAAAAUUGGCCAGCUGAACUCGGCCGCUGUCAUCCAAACGGCUGCCUGGUGAUUAAACAUGUCUUCCACUGGUAUCCCGACUUUUUGCCUCAAGCAAGAUAACAGCAUAUCUGACUGAGGCAGCAGACGGACUGGCCAGUGACUCAUUUGAUUAAAUGGCAGCAAAACAAAAGACUUGUUUUUAGUUGGUCACCUCCUUCAACGUGAUGGAAAUGAUUUUUACCUUUUUAAUUUAAUGAAGAUCUUUGACUCUGUUAUUACACAUGACUGCGUUUGACAGCUGCUUAUAUAUUUAAUAUGUUUCACGUAUCAUACAUGGUAGGAUCACAGCGUUUUCUCUUUCUUCUUUUUUUAAGCAAAUUAUUCCUCUCUUUGGUUUCGAAUGUGUGGUGGUGAGUGAUGCUCCGUGUUAGUUGAGUAAGACGUAGAUGAGUCAGAUCUUACUUGAUUUUCUUUGUUUCGUUUUAAAGAUGAAAGCAUGGCAAAAGUGCGUGGGAGAUUCACGUGUUGGCAUUUGUCUUAACAAUUUUACUCACAGUGUCUACUUGCUAAUUUAUCCCUUUACUUUAAAAGAGUGAUGUUUGUUUUGCUUCUGCACUUCCAAGAAAUGUUAAAAGAAAAUAAUAAUUAAAAGGAUGUGAAAAUAA